AGCGCCGGGCAGCAGACGUCGGUCUCUUCAGUCGCUCACAGCGUUUUGUUCUUCUUCCGCGAGUCGCGAGCCCCUGGACCCGCGUCACCGCCGCGUGGAAUUCGGUCUGCAACCGGGAGCGGGACACGACACGACACGACACGACACGACAGCGGCGAACUUCGAGGUCCACAUCCCCCCCAGACAUGAGGAGGGCGGCGGCGGUUGGCUGUCAGCACCCUGGCCGGACCGGAGGCUCCUGGUGAACAGGGGGAUGGUGCCGCUGUGAAGAGCCGGCGUGAAACCCAGGACGAGCCCCGUCUCUGUGUGGUGCUGGAGCCGGGACAUCAUGACUGUUUUCAACCAGGAAAAUGUGGAGGAAUUCUAUUUCAUCGGAGACGAGCUGGGGAGUGGUCAGUUUGCUGUGGUCAGAAGAUGUCGGCACAGGGGCACGGGCGUGGAGUACGCCGGCAAGUUCAUCAAGAAGCGGCGCAGCAAGUCGAGCCGCCGCGGCGUGACGAGGGAGGACAUCGAGCGCGAGGUGGACAUCCUGAAGGAGAUCCAGCACCCGAACAUCAUCACGCUGCACGACGUCUUCGAAAACAAGGCGGAGGUCAUCCUCAUCCUGGAGCUCGUGGCCGGCGGCGAGCUCUUUGACUUCCUGGCGGAGAAGGAGUCGCUGAGCGAGGAAGAAGCCACUCAGUUCCUCAAGCAGAUCCUGGAUGGAGUCUCCUACCUGCACACCAAACACAUCGCUCACUUUGACCUCAAGCCUGAAAACAUCAUAAUGCUGAACCGCUCAGUGCCUCACCCGCGCAUCAAGAUCAUCGACUUCGGCCUGGCGCACAAGAUCGAUUUUGGCAACGAUUUCAAAAACAUUUUUGGAACUCCCGAAUUUGUAGCUCCAGAAGUCGUCAACUAUGAACCUUUGGGCCUGGAGGCGGACAUGUGGAGCGUCGGUGUGAUAACCUACAUCCUUUUGAGCGGCGCGUCUCCUUUCCUGGGCGACAACAAGCAGGAGACGCUGGCCAACGUGUCGGCCGUCGACUACACAUUUGACGAGGAGUUUUUCAGCAACACCAGUGUCCUGGCCAAAGACUUUAUCGCGAAGCUCCUCGUCAAAGAUCCCAAAAAGAGAAUGACGAUUCAGGACAGCUUCCAGCACCCCUGGAUCAAGCCCAAAGACACUCAGCAAGCUCUGAGCAGGAAGGAGUCGGCCGUCAACAUGGAGAAGUUCAAGAAGUUUGCCGCUCGAAGAAAAUGGAAGCAAUCCGUCCGACUCAUUUCUUUGUGCAACCGCCUGUCCCGCUCCUUCCUGUCCAGAAGCAACAUCAGCGUUGCACGCAGUGAUGACACACUGGAUGAGGAAGACUCCUUUGUGAUGAAGGCCAUCAUCCACGCCAUCAACGACGACAACGUGCCCGGCCUGCAGCAUCUGCUUGGCUCCUUGAACAGCUACGACAUCAACCAGCCCAACAAGCAUGGGACUCCUCCUCUCCUGAUUGCAGCUGGCUGUGGCAACAUUCAGAUCAUCGAGGUGCUGAUGAGAAAAGGUGCAGAUAUCCAGGCCCACGACAAGAGUGGCACCAACGCUAUCUACUACGCAGCGAGACACGGCCACGUCGAGACCCUGAAAUUCCUUAAUGGGAAGAAAUGCCCUCUGGACGUCCAAGAUAAGUCCGGAGAGACGGCUCUUCACGUGGCCGCACGCUAUGGCAACGUGGAUGUGGUGAACUACCUGUGCAGCAUUCGGGCCAACCCAGACCUGUCUGACCGGGAGCAGGAGACCCCGCUGCAUUGCGCUGCCUGGCACGGAUACUCGGCGGUGGCCCGGGCGCUCUGCCAGUCGGGCUGCAACGUGGACGCCAAGAACCGCGAGGGCGAGAGUCCGCUGCUGACGGCGUCCGCUCGGGGCUUUGUGGACAUCGUGGAGUGCCUGGCGGCACACAGGGCCGAUCUGGAAGCGACUGACAAGGACGGCCACACGGCGCUCCACCUGGCCGUACGCAGGUGUCAGGUUGACGUGGUCCGCUGCCUCCUCAGACACCGCUGCCCACUGGACCAGCAGGAUCGCCACGGUAACACGCCGCUGCACAUCGCCUGCAAGGACGGAAACCUGCCCGUCGCCAUGGCGAUCUGCGGCGCCAAGGCCGGCCUGGACCUCGCCAACAAGUACGGCAGGACUCCCCUCCACCUGGCGGCCAACAACGGGAGCCUGGAGGUGGUUCGUCAUCUCUGCCUGGCCGGCGCCAACAUCGACGCCGUCACCAACGAUGGAAAGACGGCAGAGGAUUUGGCUUCUACGGAGCAACACGAGCACAUAGUCUCUUUGUUGGUCAAACUUAAAAAGGACAACCACAAGCUGAGCUACAUCCAGCAGCUGCGGCCGACUCCGGCCGUCCAGCCCCGGAUCAAGCUGAAGCUGUUCGGGCAGCCCGGAGCCGGGAAGAGCACCCUGCUGGAGUCCCUGAAGUGUGGCAUCCUGCGCAGCUUCUUCAGGAGGAGGAGGACGACGCGCAUGACCAACACGGCCCGUCACCCCAACUCCCCCGUCAACUCCAAGCCUGCCGUGUCGGUGAGCAUCUCCAACCUGUACCCGGGCUGCGAGAACGUGAGCGUGCGCAGCCGCAGCAUGAUGUUCGAGCCCAGCCUCACCAAGGGCGUCCUGGAGGUCUUCUCCCCCGUGCACAGCGCUCUGUCGGCGGCCGACGAACAGGCCACGAAGGCCAUCGACAUCCAGCACGCCAACAUCCACGGCGUGGGGGAUUUCAGCGUGUGGGAGUUCUCGGGGAACCCGGUCUACUAUUGCUCCUACGACUACUUUGCGGCCAACGACGCCACGGCGAUCCACCUGGUGCUGUUCAGCCUUGAGGAGCCGUACGAGACCCAGCUGAGCCACAUCACCUACUGGCUGAACCUGCUGAAGGCGCUCACCCUGCCCCAGGACAACAUCGGUGAGCGGCGCUCUUUAGCUACAACACAAGUCUCUGCAGCUUUCGGAGGUCGGAUCCAGCAGCCCCUCGUGGUCGUCCUGGUGGCGACACACGCCGACCUCGCCGACGUUCCCAGAGCGUUCACUGGAGACUUCAGCUACGACAAGGAGAGAGCUCUGCUCAAGGAAGUCCGGAACAGGUUUGGGAACGACCUGCAGAUCAGUGACAAAUUGUUUGUGGCGGACGCCGGAGCCUCCAACUCCAAAGACGUGAAGCUGCUGAGGAGUCACCUGCAGGAGCUCCGCACCGACAUCAUCUCUAGGUGCAGUCCCAUGACGUUGCUGUCGGAGCGCCUGCUGACCACCCUGCCGACCUGGAGGAAGCUGAGCGGACCCAACCAGCUGACGUCGUGGCAGCAGUUCGUCAGCGACGUCCAGGAGAACAUCAACCCCCUGGUCAGCCAGGAUCACCUCCGCACGCUGGCCCUGCAGCUCCACAGCAUGGGAGAGAUCAACAUCAUGCAGAGUGAGACGGUGCAGGACGUCGUCCUGCUGGAGCCUCGCUGGCUCUGCAGCAGCGUCCUCGGCAAGCUGCUCUCGGCGGAGACGCCCAAGGCCAUCCACCACUACAGGGGGCGCUACAGGCUGGAGGAGGUGCAGGCCCUGGCCCCCGAGAGCGACGUGGACGAGCUGCUGCAGAUCCUGGACGCCAUGGACGUGUGCGCCCGCGACGCCACCAACCCGUCCAUGGUGGACGUCCCCGCCCUCAUCAAGACCAACGGCCUCCACCGCUCCUGGACCGAGGAGGAGGAGGAGGAGUCGCUGAUCUACGGCGGCGUGCGGCUCGUGCCCGCCGAGCACCUCACCCCGUUCCCCUGUGGCCUGUUCCACAAACUGCAGGUGAACCUGUGCCGCUGGAGCCACCAGCAGAAGCCCGAGGAGGAGGGCGGCGGCGAGGACAUCGACGGCGACAUACACCUGUGGACCAACGGCGCCAAGGUGAGUCAGGCGGGAGUGGAGGCCAUGAUCCUGCUGGUCAACCACGGCCAGGGGCUGGAGAUCCAGGUGCGGGGACACGAGUCGGAGCGGCCCAAGUGCUACACCUUGUUGGACACCAUCUGCAGUAUAACGGAGAACCUGCUGGCCUCCACCCUCCCCGGCCUGCUCACCGCCAAAUACUACCUGAGUCCUCAGCAGCUGCGGGAACACCACGGCCCCAUCAUGGUCUACCAGCCCAAAGACUUCUUCCGGGCGCAGGUCCAGCGGGAGACGUCCCUCACCAACACCAUGGGCGGAUACCGGGAGAGCUUCAGCAGCAUUCUGACGUUCGGCUGCGCCGAGGUUUACCAGCAGGGGGUUCUGGGACCGAACAUCCACAUAUCGGACGUCUCCCUGUUGGCUCGCCGGAAGCUGUGCCGCAUGCUGGACCCCCCCGACGCUCUGGGGAAGGACUGGUGCCUGCUCGCCAUGAACCUGGGACUCACGGACUUGGUGGCCAAACACAGCAACGGCACUCCGAACGGCGCCCCCGAGCCGGACUCGGACCCGGACGCGGACUCCCAGCGGGUGGCGCUGCAGCCCAGCCCGACGGCGGCGCUGCUGCACGAGUGGAGCGCGCGGGCAGACAGCACGGUCGGCGUGCUCAUGGCCAAGCUGCGGGAGCUUGGCCGCCGGGACGCCGCCGACUUCCUGCUCAAGGCCUCGCCUGUGUUCAGGGUCAACGUGGAGGCGGUGGGCGGCGCUGCCGACGGCUACCCGCCCGCCGCCUGCAAUGGGGGCACGUCCUACAACUCCAUCAGCUCCGUCAUAUCCCGCUGAACGACGGACGGUGACAAACUCGUGCGUGUGUGCGUGUGUGCGUGUGUGCGUGUGUGUGUGAAUAAAACAAAGUGCAAUGGUUACCAAGAGAGUCCAUCACUCCGGCCCGUGAGCCGGAUGUCGUGUUUGUGCUCUCCACACCUGUACAGCUCACCUUCCCCCUCGCUCCACUAUGAAUGUCGUGAAAGAACCGAACGUCCUGAACUCCAAAGAGGAAGAAAAAAAUCUGUUUUUAUUCUGUUCUAAACCUUGUCGUGCUGCUUUUUAAAAAAAAUAAAUUAAAAAAAACCCUCCUAACUCGAACUCUACGCACAAGACUCGCUCCCCUCGACGCAGACGGUCGGAGACGAGGUUCUCCGCUUCGUGUUCCCCGCGUGACGGAGGUUUUUCCCUCCACCGUCCAGUGACAACACGUCCGUCUUCACUCGCUCCGUCCAUCCUCUUCUUUGUUCUGACCGAUGUGACACUUUUGUCCGUUGAACAGCGGUUUCCUCCCGAGUGCCCUCGUGGCAGCUACCUCCCGUCAGAGCACAAGCAACAGCGCGUCUCCUUCUUUUGCCCCAAACGUCGUGAGCGACCGUGGCCUUGUCGACACGCCACGCAGUCACGUGGGUAUCAAGACUCGAGCAGAGUGAAAAAAACUAACACAUUUGACAAGAGAGUUUUGAAAUUUUGGGAUUUGGAAUCAGAUCCUUCAGAUGUGUUUGAUGUCUGAGCGUCGCCAGGAGACGGAACGUGUGCGAUGGAAGGAACAACACUUUCAUUUUCAUCUGGUGGAUUCUUUUUACAGUGUAUUAUCCCUCAUUCUUCUAACAACAACGACAUGUUGUCCCUUCAUUUGGUGACGCUUUACAGGUUUUUCUUACUCUUUCAUAAUUCCUUGGAAAGAAUUGUGUCGUUCGGUGCCAGUUACAGGAAAAAAAAGGAAAUUUAAUAAAUUUAAUUUAGUUCAUUUGAUUUAUUUUCGACUUCCAGGUUCAUUUUCAUUAAAAAUGUUAAACUCCAGUGAAACAAACUUUUCUAAAAAAAAAAAAAAUUGAAAAAAGCACAUCACUGAGAAAUAUUAAUAAGUUAUGUUACAGUUGAUUUUCAUCACGAAGAGCAAUUCAUCUUUUAUUUUGGUUGUAACUUUUGUUAUCUCAGACUUGAAGUGGUCCCGACUUCAGGUUUGGUAUUAUAGAAAAGGAAACUUUGUUCUUAUGUUCUUCUUCAGUUACUAUUAUAUUAUAUAUUAUUGUUUGAUCAGCAGUUGUUAAUUCCCAGAAGAAUCUUCCUUAAAAGAGAAAAUUCACUCACACAUUUGAACAACAGCGUCCAGGUUUUUCCCUUCAACUCGCACCUAAUCAUAUUGUUCUCUCCAGGAAGCUUCAUAAUAACUUCACAGUUACAUAUCCACAAACUAAUGGGACCUGUGAUAAAAUGAAUGUGUGACUAUAAAUGUUUUACACAAGGGGAACUUCUUUUUACGAAAAAUACCGUACUGAAGAACAUGAUCCGUCCAGUACCUGAAAUGUUUUUUGGUUUUUUUGUUGUUGCUUUAAAUCACAUUCACUGAGCUUUAAUGCUUAAAAAGAAAUCGACGUGAAGGGAAAGAGCCACUGAGAUGAGAAUAAAUAACCUGAGGAAAGGAGAAUUUUCUAAUUCGGUUGACUUCUAACCUUUUCUACCGAGCUAAUAGUUAAUGUGUUAUAUAAAUAUAUAACAUAUGUAUACAUAUGUAUAUAUGUAUAUAUACAUAUGUAUAUAUGUAUAUAUACAUAUGUAUAUAUUGAGUGAACACACUUGAUAUACGCUUCCUCAAACAGGUUUUCUCCUCGUGUGACCAGCGCUGCGACGCAGGCUCACGGCGUCACAGAGUCUCGCUUUGACGCCGCUUAGUUCAUUUGAUUUAUUGUCCGAGCUUCUCUCGGCGUCGCCGGCGGCCGCGCGUCGCUUCUCAUCUCCGCUCAGUGCCGUCUGUGUUUUGUUGUUUUUGCAGCCUGGCAAGUGAAGGCAGGACAGUAGGAAAAAAACAAAAGGCCAAAGGCUGCUGAAGACAGAGAAGCAUUUUCACCUUGUAUAAGCUGUUUGUUUGUUUUGUACCUGAUGUGGAUCAGGAAAAUGAUCUUUUUUUUAUUAUUAUUCACUACGUGUGUUGACGAGUGCUUCAUGUUUCCUUCCCAGAAGCGUGCGAUGGUGUGAAGCCUCUUCUCCAGGACACUGUGUCACAGCUGUUUCCUCCUGUGUCUGUCUUUCUCUUCUUCUUCUUCUUCCUCCUCCUCCGGUGUUCGAACCAUCCGCUCGCACAGAUAAAAACAAGACUUAUUUCAAACACUGUUUCUUCUUCUUCUUCUUCUUCUUCUUCUUCUUCUUCUUCUUCGUCGUCUCCGGGCUUGAACUCGCCAAUAGACGCAGCCAGAAACCUCCAGCUGUGGUGUAAAUACUCCAGGCCUGUGUCCACGACUCUCUCUCUCUCUCUCUCUUUUUUCUGUUUGCUCACUUUUAUUUUUUUUCUUGUUAUUGCCCAAAAUCCAUUAAUUACAACAAGGCAAAAUGAAUGUAUGUACCACACAUGUCUUUCCUAAGAAUACGGUGACAACUCCCCACACGUGUACAAAUCACACGGGAAAAUGACAAACGUCCCAGAAACCGGUCGUGAGCACCGUUUUAUAUUGCUCUCGUUUCCUCGUCGAAGCUUUUGUUGAAGUCGUGUGAAGACCGUUGCCAAUGUUGUGUGCCUGAAAAGAAGAAAAGACGACACACUCGCAUUCAUUCCUCUGUUAUUGCCUUGUACAGUGAACACGCGCUGAGAGGAGACGAGUCGGAGAGGGAAGUGAACGUUACUUCGUCGAGUUUGUCUCUCCCCUCCUUUUCUCUACUUUCUUUCUUUCCCCGGAUGCGUCCCGACAGAAACGCGUGGAUUCAAACGUUUUUUUCUGAAAAGCAGAAAAAAAAUCCAAUAAGAACGGGGGAACGCGUUGUUCAUCACGUCACUGGAGGGCGAAGUGAGUGAUGUCCGGUCCGGUCGCCACAUUGCACAAGUCUCUUUUUUGUUUUUUUGUCUGUCGCUAUUUAUGUAACAUUCUGGAAGCAUGUCUUGGAAUGCCAUGUUCUUAACUUCUGACACUUUAUAGUGUGAAACGUUUUAUAAUAAAUUCUUUACCUGA